AUGUAUUAUGAAAGUGAAGAAAAUGAAGAAUAUAUCCCUUUUCAACAAGGAGCAGUUUCUAGUUUACCAAUAGUUUUAUCCUCUAAAAAAAAAGAAACCAUUUCAACACUUAAUAAUAAUAAUAAUAAUAAUAAUAAUAAAGUGGAAACAGAAAAAAAUGAAGAAAAAGAAAAGGAUAAAAUUUAUCAAAAUAAUAAUGUAAUUGAUAACGCAGAAAAAGAAAUAUUAAAAAAUAAUAAAAAAGAAAUAAUUGAAGAUUAUAGUUUAAAACAAAUUAACAAAACCACAACAACAACAACAACAACAACUAUCAUAAACAAUAAUAAAAACAAUAAUGUAGAAAAUAAUAAUAAUAAUAAUAAUAAUAAUAAUAAUAAUAAUAAUAAUAAUAAUAAUAAUAAUAAUAAUAAUGAUAAUAUUAUAAAUAAUUCAAAUAAUAAAAAUUUAAAAAUAAAUAAAAUUAAUUCAACAUUAACAGAUGAAAAUAAAAUUGAAGAGUAUUUUUAUAAAAGAAAUAAUGAUAAAUCAAAAAAAGAAUUAAAUGAAUUUUUAGAAAAUAGAGUUAAAGAAUCUUUUAAAGAAUAUACACCAAGAACACAUCAAUGGCAAACUAUUGUAUCAAUUUUAAAUGAUUUGGUUGAACCACAACAUAUAAAAUCAUUCAAGAAUGAAAAUAGAUAUAAUUAUUUAAUUCAACACGCAGCUGGCUCAGAAGUUAAUAAUAGAUACAAAUUUGAUACCAUCGUUAUUAUGAAUGAUAGAAGUCAAUUGGAUGCUCAGUUAGGGGAUGUUGUCAUCAAGUUCCUUCAAAAUAAUGGAAUUACCAAUUAUUGUAGACCAAAGUCAUCAAAACAAUUGCAAAAUGAAAUAUCACUUGGUAAAAAUAGAAUUGUUAUUACAACUAUGCAAAAGUUUUCACAGUUGUUACCAAGUACCAAGGCUGGUGGUGAAAGUGAUCAAGAUGAUGAAUUUUCUUUUAAGUCAAAUUCUGUUGCAAUUAUUUCCGAUGAAGCUCAUAGAUCCCAUGGCAAAUCAACUACUGAAAAAUUACAUGAAUUUCUUUGUGGUAACUCUAGACAAUCAAAUAAAAUUACUUAUUUUAGUUUUACCUGUACUCCAACUCCUCAAUGCUUAGAAAUGUUUGGUAUUUCGUCAAAGGGUGAUAAGGUUCCAUUUUAUACAUAUUCAAUGAACGAUGCAUUAAAAGAUAAUUUGAUUUUAGAUGUUGUUAAAAAUUUUUCAACAUUAAAGGUAGAUCAAAAUUUAAUAAAUAAUUUUAAUUAUUAUCAAAUUCAACAACAAUUACAACAACAACAAUUUAAUAUGGAUCCAUACUGCGAUGAAGAUUAUAAUCAAUAUUCAACUACAUUUAAUCCAUUGGUUUUGGAUGAAUAUGAUUACGAAGAUGAUUCAAUACAAGAUCAAAUUCAAAUUAAACAAAAGUCGCAAUUUAUAAUUAAGCAUUUAUUAGAAACAAAGAAUAGUCAUGAUAAAGAAUCAUUUAAAUCAAGAGCAAUGUUAGUUUGUUCUGGUAGAAAGAGUUUAUUGGUAUUUAAAAAAUAUAUAGAUCAACUAAUUUCACAAUUACCAGCCUCUGAACAAUUCGAUACCAUUGCUGCUUUUUCACCAUUUGUCUCCGAAGGUAAAAGUAUGGUCGAGUCCGAUGUAAAUAUUAAUGGAAAAUAUGCUCAGUUUGGUAGUGAUAAGAAUAGAGGCGUUAUUAAAGCAAUAAAUGAAGAUAAAAACUUUAAGAUUAGACUUUUAAUUGUGGCUGAUAAAUUACAAACCGGUUUUGAUGAACCUUCACUUUCGAUCAUGUAUAUCGAUAAAAAACUUAAAGGUGCCAACGUAGUUCAAACUCUUUCUCGUUUAUCGCGUAUUUCUAAAGAUAAAGAAUCAACUACCAUCAUUGACUUUGCAAAUAGCGAGAAAGAUAUAAAAUAUAUUUUCAAUCUAUAUAAAUAUUCAACUAGUCUUAGAGAUUUACAAGAUAAACAAACCUUAAUCUCAUCAUUAAAUAUGGCUUCAAGAAGUAUUUCAAGUGCAUUGGAAAAUGAAAAAAGAGGUGGUCAAAUUACUCCAUUUUGUAAAGCAAUUCUCUAUCACGAACAACAGGGUACUCUCAAAUCACAUCCACUCUAUCAAAAUAUUGAAAGUUUGAUCGAUGAGUAUUUAGAUAUAUAUGGGAAAUUAAAAAACAAAUCAUUUGAACAAAGUAAUAUUGAUGACCAACUAUCAAUUAAAUAUAAUAUUGUAAAAUCAAUUAAAACAAAUUUGGACUCUUUAAGAAAUGAAAAAAAGCAACAACAAAUCAAAUCUUUAAAAGCCUCGGAUCAACUUAAAAUUAGAUUGGAUUAUUUAACCGAUGAAGAAUUAAAAUCAACUUUAGAAUACUCUCAAUCAAAUAUAGACUACGAUGCUGACUUUGCUCAAUCAAUGUGGGCAGUUAAAUCAUUAGAUUCCGAACAACAAUUUAUUGAACAAAAAGAUGAAAUUUUAAAAAAAAUGACAAAACAAUUAGAAGAUAUUAAAUCAAAUAAAUCUCAAUCUUAUUCUACAAACUUUUUUGAAAUUCCAAAACUAAAUAAUAAUAGUAAUAAUAUUAAUAAUAAUAAUAAUAAUAAUAUUUAUAAUUAUAAUAAUAACAACAUAAAUAAUAAUAAUAAUAAUAAUAAUAAUAAUAAUAAUAAUAGUUUUAAAAAAGAAAAUAUUUGGUCCCUUGCAAACAAAGCCAAUCAAUUAAAAAGAUUAAAUCCAAAUAAUAAUUUAAAUGGUAGUAGCUUUCAACCUAAUAUUAAUAAAAAAUCGAAACCAUAA